AUGGCUCACGACGAGAGUAAAAAUUAUCCAAUCGCGUCCAAGGCGACUUGUCGAGAUAUUUAUAUGGACGAUCUUAUUUCUGGUACGACAACAGUCAACGAAGCAAUCGAGCUUAUUACGCAGUUAGAAAGCAUGUUUUCCUCAGCAGGCAUGGAGCUACGCAAGUAUGCAAGCAAUUACCCGGAAGUCCUGGAGCAGUUAUCUGAAUCGAAAAGAGCUCUCCAGUCGACAGUAGAUUUUGAUAAGGAUCAAACAAUAAAAACGUUAGGCUUGCACUGGGAAACCAACACCGACCGUUUGAAAUAUGUCAUUCUCGAUUCACAAACUGAAAUCACCUCAACGAUUACAAAAAGAACAACACUUUCUUGUAUCGCGAAAUUAUUCGACCCUCUAGGGUUACUAGGGCCCGUUGUGGUAACGGCCAAGUUUUUUAUGCAAGCUCUCUGGAGUUUGAAAGAGGACGACAAACUUUGGGACUGGGAUCGUGAACUCCCAGAAGAUAUGCAGAUUUACUGGAAAUCAUUUGUCGCUGAGCUUCCGCUUCUGAAUCAGCUUAGAAUCGAUCGGUUCAUUAUGCUUCCGAACACUGUCGACUUCGAAUUACACUUUUUCUCCGAUGCGUCGGAAAAUGGAUACGGUUCCUGCGUUUACGUUCGGUCAACCAACUCAAAGGGCGAAAUCAAAACAGCACUACUUACAUCGUCUUCCAAGGUGGCACCUUUGAAGAAGCAGAGCAUCGCACGUCUAGAGCUUUGUGGAGCACUCUCGUCGGCUAAGCUGUACAGCAAGGUUUCGAAGGCACUCAGGGUUACACACACAGCGACAGAGAAAUGGGACUGGAACUUCAUAGCUGGAGUUGAAAACCCGGCGGACAUAAUAUCCAGAGGACUUCCCGCAAACAAACUACUCGACAGCAGACUAUGGUGGGAGGGUCCGCAUUGGCUCGCUCAGGAGAGGAGUUUCUGGCCAGUGAAUGCUGCACAAUUUGAGCUUACGGAAGAGGCUGCUCAUGAGCGCAAAAGAAGCGCGCUAACGUCAGCUGCACUUGCACCUACAUUUGUGGACAGGUACAUCGCCAAUUUCUCCAACUAUCAGCACAUGUUGAGAAUGACUGCUUAUUGGAGGAGGUAUUUCACCAAUCGUCGUUUGCCGAAGUCUGAAAGGGUCGUAUCUCAACCACUUACAACAGAAGAAAUCCUUGGAGCUGAGAAUGUUUUGAUUCAGCUUGUUCAGCGAAAUAGUUUUCCCGAAGAAUGGAAGGAUUUGGAAAAUCAACGACCAGUUUCGAACAAAUCUCAACUUCGUUGGUUCAACCCAGUUAUUGCCACAGAUAAGGUUCUUAGAAUUGGCGGUAGGUUGGGAAAGUCGGCUCAAUCGUACGCAUCGCAACACCAAAUAAUAUUGCCAAAAUCUCACGCUUUCGUCACACUUCUGGUACGAUCUUAUCAUGAACGUUUAUUGCACGCCGCAACCCAAUUACUCACUAACACACUUCAUUUACGUUUCUGGAUUCUCGGUGGUCGAACCACACCAAGGCUCAUAGUUUACUCCUGCGUAGUUUGUUUUCGAGCCAAGCCGAAAGCCAUACAGCAUCUUAUGGCUGAUCUGCCAUCGCCACGCGUAAAACCAUCAAGACCGUUUUCUAUCACCGGUGUAGAUUUCUGGGGACCAAUUUACCUAAAACCUCGUCACCGUCGUGAUGCACCUAUUAAGGCUUAUGUGUGCGUUUUUGUGUGCUUUAGCACCAAGGCCGUCCACCUUGAGAUUGUAACGAACCUUAGCACAGCAAAAUUUCUCCAAGCUCUCCGUCGAUUUGUUGGACGUCGAGGCUUGUGUUCUGAUAUUUUCUCCGAUAAUGGGACGAAUUUCACUGGAGCUAAUAAUGAAAUUCGUCGCCUUCUAAAAACUAAAGACUUUCAACAUUCUGCUGCCCGCGAAUGCUCCGACAACGGAAUUCGCUGGCAUUUCAACCCACCCAGAGCUUCGCACUUUGGCGGACUUUGGGAGGCUGCCAUUGCUUCAGCCCAGAAACAUUUUGUUCGAGUUGUGGGGGACCGAAAAUUAGAAUUUGACGACAUGGAGACCCUGCUAGUUCAGAUCGAGUGUUGCUUGAACUCGCGUCCGCUCACCGAACUCACAAACGAUCCUACGGAUUUACGGCCGUUAACGCCCGGCCAUUUCUUGAUCGGCGAGGAACUGAAAUCUGUUCCCGACGAAAAUUGCCACAACAUUCCAUACAACCGGCUUCCACAAUGGCAGCAAAUCCAGAAAAUGCAGCAGGAGAUAUGGAGUCGCUGGAAUCUGGAGUAUCUACACACGCUCCAAUCUCGUACCAAAUGGUUCAAACCUCCCGUGGAGCUGAAAAAGGACCAGCUCGUUGUCCUUAUCGACGAGAAUCAACCGCCAAUGCGCUGGGCAAUGGCACGAAUCGUCGAUUUACAUCCUGGUUCCGAUGGAGUAGUUCGAGUCGUAUCACUACAGACACCCACCGGAAAAACAACCCGUUCAACAUCGAAAAUAUGUGUUCUUCCUAUUCCAUCGCCGUCCAAAGAACAAAAUUCAUCAAAAAUUUCCGAAUCACAGUAA